UGAGUAUUAUGGUCGUCGCAUAUUUUGACAGAUCGAGAAUAACAUUUGUCUCGAAAGUCAUCAUAAACUACUGCAAAUCAGUACACAGCGUAGAAGAGCCAGGUCCCAAAGCAUAUAGAUUCGCGUAUAGAGCAAAGGAGAGAGCGAAGAGUGAAUACAUAAAUAAGAAAACGAAUCACACAGAGAACAGAGAAACAAAACAACAUCAUACAAAAAUUCUGUAUCGACUAAUCAAAUCGAUGUGUAAAUUGGUGUAAAUAUAUCGGUCACCAAAAUUUGUAAACCAUUGUUUUUUUUUGUGUCGUCGAGAGACAGAAGAAGAGAAGAAAAAAGAAGGUGUUUUAGCGGCUGUUCAUUAUAAAUUUUCCAUCGGGUGAUAUUUGAUGUGUGUUAUUUAGUAAGAACUAGUGCAGCAAGAAAAAAUAACAGUCAAAUCCUCAUCUCAUACGAUAACAACAGUGAUUUAUUGAAGACCCUUGAGAAAAAAAAAAUCAACGCGAACGACGGACAUACAAUGACAUCUUUUUUUAAUGUGAGCUCCCUGGCCGGCAAUGUAUUUUCCACGCCAGUUGGACAAAGGAUUGAACAAGCAACUGAUGCGUCGCUUGCCUCCGAAAAUUGGGCGCUCAACAUGGAGAUCUGCGAUAUGAUAAAUGAAUCGUCAGAUGCGGCACGUGAUGCGAUGAAAGCCAUACGAAAGCGAUUAUCACAGAAUGCCGGCAAAAAUUAUACGGUUAUCAUGUACACGUUAACGGUUCUGGAAACAUGUGUUAAGAAUUGUGGCAAAGCAUUCCAUGUACUCGUCGCAAACAAAGAGUUUAUUCAGGAUUUGGUGAAAUUGAUCGGACCGAAAAAUGAUCCACCUGCCGUAGUGCAGGAGAAAGUCUUGAACUUGAUUCAGAUCUGGGCCGACGCGUUUCGAUCACAGCCCGAUUUGAAUGGUGUCGUUCAAGUGUAUCAGGAGCUCAAGAGCAAAGGCAUCGAAUUUCCCGUCGCCGAUCUGGAUGCCAUGGCACCCAUUUACACCCCACAACGGAGUGUACCAGAAAAUGCAUCACCACCCGUGAUUCUGUCGACAUCUCCAAAGAAUCAUCCAGAUGUAACACAGCCAAAUCCAGCACCGGUUGUAACCAUACCAAGUGGCCCAGUUACAUUGACACCGGAACAAAUUACCAAACUGCAAUCGGAACUCGAAAUCGUCUCAAUGAACAUGACCAUUUUUGGCGAAAUGCUCACCGCUCUGAAACCCGGACAAGAAGAUCCAUCCGAUUACAAGCUUCUAGCAGAUUUAAGUCAAACGUGCAGUGAAAUGCAGAGCCGAAUAGUUGAUUUAAUCGGGCGAGUCACGCACGACGAAAUUACAGCCGAAUUGCUUCGACUCAACGACGAGUUAAAUAAUUUGUUUUUGCGAUAUCAACGUUACGAAAAGAAUCGUGAUCCGAAAAACACGUCAACACCAUCCGCUAUACUUGGUGCUGCGUUGCGAGGCCCCAGCGGUGAUGGCAGAGGAAAGGAUUCAUUGAUCGAUCUAGAGGAAUCACCAGAUCCAAAUGAUAAGCUCCCCAAUAAAUUUUCGGGAUUAUCUGUUGGUGGGAUGGCAAGCUCACAGCUAUCUCAAAUCAACAGUGUUACGGCUCAAUCGGGUGGCAAAGAUGUCGAUGAAUUCGAUAUGCUGGCGCAAUCGAGAAACGAAGCUAAAUCAGGCACACCAUCGAAAGGUGCGAAGAAACCAGAAGUAGUCAGUAUGGCUAAACAAUCUGACAAAACUAAUGAAAAAAAUGCCAAUGAAAAUGAGCUCGAUGAGAUGGCAGCUUGGUUGAAGGACGCUGAUGCAGACAAAGGUCCCGAAGAUAGUUUGACUAGUACUGAGUUUGAGAGAUUUUUGGCCGAACGAGCAGCAGCUGCCGACAAUCUACCAAAUAUUAGCGGUGGCAGUGAGGCCAAUUCAAAUGGUACACCAAAUAAAAAAUCAACAUCGAAAAAGGCCGAAGAUAGCUUACUACUUUAGAAACAUCCAAAACGAACUAAUUUAACCAGCGACUAAUAGCUACUGAAAAUCUAACUAACUUGAUAUAACUGAUAGAAAAUUUGAAUGAAAACAAAGCAAAAAACAAAACCGACACACCCAAAAACAGAAAAAAAGGAAAAGAUAUUUUAAAUAAUAACGUUAAAAAAAAUGGAUGAGAAAUACAUAAUACAACAACAACAAAAAUUCACAAAAAUACCAAUCAUACAUUAUCAUUCCAUGAAAUGAUAUUGCUAGAAACUUGAUAUAAAAGAAAGAAGAAAAACAAACAAACAAACAAGGAAAUGAAUGAAUCUAUAUAUUUAUUAUUUAAUAUUUGUGAAUAAUUUAAUUGUAUUGAUGAAAGUGUCAAGCUUACAUGUGUUAUAUUUUAUUUAAAAGAGAAACAAACAGAAAAAAAAAACAAAGUAAGGACGAAACAAACAAAAGGAGCAUAAUUAUUUUGACAUUUGGACUUUAUUACGAAUUGCGAUCGAAAAUAACUGUUCGCCUUUUUUCAACAUAUAUACAAUAUAUAUAUUUUUCAUAAUCGACUCAAGUUUCGACUUUCUUUUUAAUAUUUACUUAUUACAGAAAAAUAAAAUUAAAAUACAAGUUUUGACGUAUUUAUUAUGAAAAGCACGUGUAAAAAAAAUGGUGAAAAAUCAUUUAAAAAACCGAAUAAAUUAUCAAAACCGA